CAAGGUGAUGGGUGAGAAUGAUGUUUAAAUCGAUCCCUUGGGUACAAAAGUAAUGACUGCUUGGCCAAGGGAAUUCUCCGAGCUAUGAGUAGUCUUUUGUCUUGAACCGCAAGCUCAGUCUCGAGGAGUUCCCUGCGGCUUAAAACUUCCGUACACUAUGAUUAAAUCUUGCAUGUUUCUCGUGAUUGUAUUCUAAAUUUGACCCCGCAGAAGAUGAGUUAGUGGUGCUCUUUUGUACUUAUUGAUUUAUUCUCAUUCACCCGAUAAUACGAAUACAAACAUAUGGAAAUUUCAGAUCGUGAUGCCGACUAAUGUAAAGAAUGUGUCUUACAUACACUGACGAGCUCUACUAUUUGCAGAAUCGCAAACACGUCAUGGGGAACCUUCAUCAUCGCGUUGUGCUUCUCGACACGCCUCUGUACGUGCAACUAUAUCGCGACCUCCUGCCGCCCUCCUCCUCGCGCAGACAUGGUCCUCUGCGCCCGCAGGUCCUCCUGGUCCUCCACGUCCUCCAUAUCAUCGCUCGGCAGCUGCACCGCGCGGUCCAGCGCGACGGGCAGCCCGCGGUGCCUGCCUCGCAGCACCACGAGCACGAGCACGAGCUUCGACCCCGGGUACAGCCCGCCCGCGAAGCUGAAGUUGUUCCACGGCACGCCGAGGCUAAUGCCGACGCAGCCGUACGCGGAGACGACCUCGAGCCUUUCAACGAUGGCCCAGGAAUCACGAAAAGCGGUUUUCUCGGGAUGAUCCAAAAUUCGCCGCUCUCGAAGCCGCGGGGAAUGCGCUAAUGGUGGGCACCUGGGACCGCUGUAAGAAUCAGAUGUUGAAAUGCCAUGCCUUGUGGCGAGCGAAUGUGGGAUCGAGAUCUCAGGGAUGACUGGGCCCGGCCUUGAGCCCACACAAU